CCCCUCAUGGCCGCCGCCCCGCCACCGGCGCCGCCGCGGAUCCUCCUCGCCGGCGACGCCCACGGCCGCCUGCACCAGCUUUUCAAGCGCGUCAAAUCGGUGAACCAGUCGACGGGGCCGUUCAACGCGCUGCUCUGCGUCGGGCAGUUCUUCUCGCCCGAGGUCGGCGAGGAGGACAGCCCGCCGGGGGACGUGGCGGACUACCUGGAGGGACGGGCCGCCGUGCCCAUCCCGACCUACUUCACCGGCGACUACGGCCCCACGGCGCCCCGCCUCCUCUCCAAGGCCGCCGCUGACCACAGAGGAUUCGCGCCUGGCGGCAUCCAGAUAUGCCCCAACCUGUUCUGGCUCAGGGGCAGCGCCCUCUUCAAUCUCCACGGAUUAUCUGUGGCUUACUUGUCAGGAAAGAGAGGGCUAGGAGGGCCUGGCUGCUACAGCCAGGAUGACGUUGAUGCCCUGCGGGCUCUUGCCGAAGAGCCAGGAAUCGUCGAUUUGUUCUUGACUAACGAGUGGCCAGCUGGAGUGGUGAAUGGAGCCGAUACUUCUAAAGUGCCUCCUCAGGUAUUGGAACCUCAGGGCUGUGAUCCUGUUGUUGCCGAACUGGUUACUGAGAUUAAGCCAAGAUACCACAUUGCAGGUACUAAAGGUGUAUUUUAUUCAAGGGAACCUUAUGUGAAUGAUUCCUCUCUCCAUGUUACACGUUUUAUUGGACUUGCUAAUGUGGGAAAUAAAGAGAAGCAGAAAUUUAUUCAUGCGAUUUCUCCUACUCCAGCAUCCACCAUGUCCAGUGCUGAUAUUCACGCGAGACCUCCAAAUGCUACUUUAUCACCAUAUGUCGCUCCCGCAAAAUCUGUUCCUGUUGAAGACACUCCAAAGCGUCCUGCUGAAAGCACUGAUUUGCAAUAUUGGCGUUAUGAUGUUAAGCGGCAAAGGCAAGGACAAAAUGAUGGGAGUCUAUUGUGUUUCAAAUUUACAUCCUCAGGGUCUUGUCCUCGAGGGAGUAACUGCAACUUUAAGCAUGAUGAAGAAGCCAGGGAGCACUGUCAGAGAAAUGUCUGUUUUGACUUCCUAAACAAGGGGAAAUGUGGGAAGGGCCCUGAAUGCAGGUUUGCUCACAGCCUUACUGAGGAGGCUGCUGUUAGGGAUGCAAAACCCCGUAGUGACCGAAGACCUGUUGAGAGCAGUUGCUGGUUCUGUUUGUCAAGUCCAGAUGUUGAGUCACAUCUUGUUAUUAGUAUUGGAGAUGGUUACUACUGUGCGCUUGCGAAGGGACCACUUGUUCCGGAGCAUGUUCUUGUGAUACCUGUUGAGCACUUCCCUACUACAAUUACAAUGCCUGCAGAACCAGAGGCAGAGCUCAGGAGAUAUAAGAAUGCUCUGGGUAAGUACUUUGAGAAACAAGGAAAAGCAGCAGUAUACUUUGAGUGGGUUUCACAGCAGUCUCGCCAUGCAAACCUUCAGGCUGUUCCUGUACCGUUGUCAAAGGCAGCUAGUGUUGAGAAGAUAUUUCAUUUAGCAGCUAAAAGACUUGGAUUUGAAUUGUCGGUGGUGAACCCAGACGGUGAUGCUAAUCAAGGUAGAGAACUGUUAAGGUCGCAGUAUGACAGCAAAUCAGGCUUGUUUUAUGUUGAGCUCCCAGAUGGUACACUACUCUUGCAUAUGCUUGGCAGCCGUGAGAAGUUCCCUGCCCAGUUUGGACGUGAGGUAUUGGCGGGAUUGCUAAGCAUGGCAGAUCGUGCGGACUGGAGGAACUGUAAGCUCUCCAAAGAAGAAGAAAUUAAGAUGGUGGAUGAUUUUAAACAAGGGUUCCGUGAGUUUGAUCCUGCUGAAUGACAGCAUGCUCAAGCCACCGAUUUCUGGAAGGUUGAUGCUUGCAAAGGUCGAGAUGGCUGUAUGCCUGGUGUUCAUGAAGUAUUGGCAUAACCACUGAGACAAGACCUUGCGUGUUCCCAACGAGUGAGCCAGGCUAUGAGGCAAUACUAAGUUGUAGCUGAUCCAGAAUUUACUCCAGAUUUGCAUUUGUAGCUUAACGUUAUGAGCACGUAGGUUGGCCAUUUAUAAGAAACGAGAUCUGGACCAGGAAUUUUCAUUGAUGAUGUAACUAGGCAAUUGGCUACUGAUUGAACGAACCUAUCAGGGCAUACUGUUUAAUACUACUUUUUCUUACGUCUAACAUAGCUCAGGUUAUAGCACCA